UUCCGAGGUGCCGAGGUUCCCCACACUGAGCUUACCGUGGUCCUGGAGCUUGUAGUGAUGUAAAUAAGAGGCCAAGCUCCAGAUUAUCAAUCGUUCAGACUGUUAACAUCAGUAAAUCACAUCAAUCGCAGUAACAAUAAUCAUCAUGUCAAAGUCACUCAAUCCCCCAAAUGUGCCUCACACCGUCAUAUCAUUCCCCCAUCCUCAUGUCGUUCUCGUCACACUUAACCGCCCAGAACAUCUCAAUGCCCUCCAGCGCCAGAUGAGCUUCGAUCUCGACCGUCUCUGGAAAUGGUACGACAACGAGCCCUCACUGCGCUGCGCCAUCAUAACAGGCACCGGACGCGCAUUCUGCGCUGGCGCAGAUCUCAAAGAAUGGAACGUCAAAAACUCAGAAGGAAACGUCAAAGACGUUGAGAAGUGGGCAGAGAACGGCUUUGGAGGCUUGAGUAAUCGCCAUGGAAAGAAGCCCAUCAUCGCAGCUGUUAAUGGUCUCUGCCUCGGCGGUGGAAUGGAAAUGAUACUUAACCUCGACAUGGUCAUCGCCAGCGACACCGCCAAGUUCGGCCUUCCAGAGGUGAAGCGCGGCGUCGUCGCCAUUGCGGGUGCACUACCGCGUCUCAUCCGAACGGUAGGACGACAACGGGCAUCAGAAGUAGCGCUUUUAGGACGCAUGUACAGCGCACAGCAGUUCUUUGACUGGGGUAUUGUGAACAAGGUUGUCAAGCUGGAGGAUGUUGUUCAAGAGGCGCUGAAGUGGGCCGUUGAGAUGUCUGACAAUUCGCCCGACUCGAUUAUUGUGUCGCGCGAGGGUCUUUUGGGAGGGUGGGAAGCUGAGGGGCCUAGGGAUAGCACGAACAGGAUUGACGGGGGGAUUUAUAAGAGCAUGGAAGGUGGUGAUAAUAUGAAGGAGGGUGUCUCGAGUUUUGUCGAGAAGAGGAAUGCUGUUUGGAAGAAUAGUAAGCUGUAG